UUUACUUUACAUAUUCAAACGAUGCAUACAAAUCAACAAUAAUUGUAACAAUGUGGUUUCCGGUGAGUAUCAACGGCGGCUCCGUGAUCGCUAGAGGGGGCCGCACUUUUGGGGCUCACCUCGAGGGCAUGUACCCCCUUCCAUGGGAACCCCCAAAAUAGGCAGUAAACAUGCCAAGGAAGGUUUAGGACCCCCUUAAAAAUGGUUAAUUUGUCUUAAGUGGUGCAUUUUGUAAUGUUUGGACGAGUGCCCCGCCAAAUCUGUUACUGAGCCUUCAAGAAAUUGCUCAGUUUGACAUGUAAACUCGCAAAAUCAGAGUGUACAUUAGUGAUUUUCAGUGACGCAAAAACUACAAAGAUGUCAGGUGAGGAAAUACGCCACAUCGAGAUCCCAUUUCGGAAGUACGAGGGGACAUCUCUGUUUUCCACAUGCGAGAUCGAGCAAAUACAAGACAUGACUGUCAGAGAUGAUGAUGUGUGGGUUUUAUCGUAUCCCAGAUCAGGGACAACGGUUACACAAGAGCUUGUUUGGUUAUUGUUGAAUGAUGUGAACAUCGAUGCUGCGCGCGCAACACCUUUAGAUAUUCGGUUUCCUUUUUUGGACGUUAACCUACCGGAUCUGCCCUUGUUUAAGGGUCUGAAGGGUGUUGAAGACCAGACGCCACCUCGGCUUAUAAAGUCUCAUCUGCAUUACCACGUUUUACCCAAGACCCUGUUUGAGAGCACGUGCAAGAAAGUCUACGUUCUGAGAAACCCGAAAGACGUGUUUGUAUCGUGCUAUAUGCUGACCCAGUUCCUGCAGGAAUACGGACAUGAACAAACCAUGGACGCCUUUCUCGACUCAUGGAUACAGGGCAACACCUAUGCCAGUCCCUGGUGGUUACAUGUUCGCGACUUUUGGCGUCAUAGAAAUGACAAGAACAUACUGUUCGUAUGGUAUGAAGACAUUGUUAAGGACAUGCAUUCAACUAUCCGUAAGCUCGCCACCCAUCUUGAGGUGAAGGUUAAUGAACCGGACGUGACGAAACUAGCCGAGCACUGUAGUUUCCCCAAUAUGCAGGAAAACAAGGCAAUCAAUGCUGGCUGGAUGGAAAAUACUCGGACCUUAAACUGGAAAUUUGGUGGACACAUACGGAAAGGUAUUGUGGGUGGAUGGCGAGAUCACGUGACACCAGAAAUGAACACCAAGAUAAACACCAUGGUUCAAGAGAGACUUGGUGAUAUUGCAUUACCAUUCGACUACGGAGGCUAGCAUCUUUCUGCUGCCUUUAUGUACAUAUUAUUUUAUCCUUGUGGUAAUAAAUAGUGUCAAAAAUAUAGUUUUGUCCUUUGAGCAUUUCUUUUCAGUAACAAUGGAUAGUUUAUAUAAAGCUACUAUAUUUGUCAAUUAUAGCUUGUACAAUAAUUGUAUACCUGUCAAAUUGGCCAGUUCAGCAAUUAUCAAUAAAAUAUUUCCUUCUAAGA